AUGCUCGACAAAUUUCAAGAAGCAGAUUUGGAAGAAAUGAGUUUCACUGAGAAACCUCUUCAAUACAGCCGUUGCAUUUGUUUGGGUUCAACGAACUUUUCGUGCAAAACAAACAAGUUUGAGCUUAGCAGGAACACGAACGAAACCUUGUGGAUCGCCUCGGAAAAAAACAGCAAGGAAAUGAUUCCAAACUCGGUCUGUGAAAUAGGCCGAACACUAGGGUCUGGAGGAUUUGGAACAGUUUUUGAGGCAAGUUUGGAGGGCAAAAAACUUGCUGUCAAAAAAAUGCACAAAAACGUAAAAAAUCCUCAUGCGCUCUACGAAACUGUCCAAGCUGAAAAAUUAGUUCUGCCUUUGAAGCAUCCGAACAUUGUGCGGACUUUUGCUGUUCUUGAGCGUGAAAACUUGGAAGAUGUGUGGAUUCUGAUGGAAUAUGCCGGACAUCGCACCCUACAGUCUAUUAUUGACGAUGACCGAGAAAUAUUGGACAACACACGUCGCUGUCAAUUUAUUCGUGACAUUGCCUGUGCCUUGAAAUUCGUCCACGAGAACAGUCUUGUACAUCUAGACUUAAAACCUGCAAACGUAAUCGUAAAUAGCAACGAUCUGUGCAAACUGGGCGAUUUUGGGUGCUGUCAAAGUAUAGAACUCACGGCAAAGGAAGAACUCUCACUUCCACCCAGUCCCUCGCCCAGCCCGAGAAGCCUACUCACAGGAACUUUUGCGUACAGAGCUCCGGAACUUUUAAAAGGGGACCUUCCAAGCAGUAAAGCGGACAUGUAUUCGCUUGGGAUCUGCCUAUGGCAAAUGCUAACUCGCGAGCAACCUUACGGACUAGAGAGCCACUUUGUCGUUAUUUUUGGAGUUGUUGCGCACCAUUUGCGCCCAACUCUCGAAAAUUUACCGCCAAGUGCGUCAAACGAAAAUGCUACUGGCGCUUAUAUUGGACUCAUGAAAUCCUUGUGGCAAGCAAGCCCGAUCGACAGGCCCAGUGCGCAGCAAGUUUUAAAAACACUAAAAGACAUCGAAAGCACGUGAGUUUGUACUGAGCAAGAGCGGAACUUGUCCAAAACAUUGUACAGUAUUUUAUUUGUUCAUACUAGACUCAUAGCGCCUAAAUCUCCUCUGAUUACUAUACUACGUUGUUAUUUAUUUUUCCAAAGAAUUCUCUAAAUUAUUUUGAUAGAAAUUGAUGUGGGAAUUGUAUUUCCGCAUUUGGAAAAAAAUUGAGGUCAACAGGAUUUGACCAGUUCGUGUUGAAAUUCCGUGUAUGUUGGUGUAUUUUGAAAGCCGUCACGGCGAUACAAUUAGCAUAAAUUUGCAAAUUUCAUUUACGACUCAUUACAAAAGCGACCUACGCACUUCGCUUGUUAGCCAGAAAUAGUGUUUCACCAGUUAUCGCAAAACUUCUAUUUUUUUAUCCUUAUAAGGAUUCGAGAAAGCAACUUUUGCAUAUUUUGCGAUUAUUUAUUUGUUUAUCGUUCACUGAAAACGUACUUCCGUGACCAGGGGCUUAUGUUUUGAAAAUUCCCAUUAGUCAAAACUGCUUUCUCAUCCUAAAGUGGCUUUUUUAAAGAUUCAGAGCAAAUACAAGAUAAAUGUAUUUAUCAAGUUUCCAUGGGGAUUAACAAUAAGCGAAUUUGUAAGGAGUCGUAAAAUGAAAUUACAGUAUUUCUCGAAGACAGCAUAAUCUAGUCAGUAAAUUUCUCUGAGAUUUUUUAUUAAAAUUCAGAGCUCUGGGAAAAACCAGUUUGAAACCUUUUUCUGCUAUUUUGACUAUUUCUUUUUGUUUUAAAUAUAUUUUAAUAUCUUUUAUGAUACUUAUCCAGUAUUAAACUCGUGAGUUUUUUUAGUGAAAUGUUAGAGAGAAUAGAGAGUUUCCUAUUCUCUCUCAAUGAAAACUUAUUGAAUUGAAGAUUGGUCUUGCAAAUAUAUUCAUGGACUGUAUUUUUUAAUUACUUCAAACAAACUGUCAAUGAUUAAUAUAUGGUAGAAGGAUUGAUUCGAUGUAUAUAAAAAAUAUAAUGAUAACUUAAGUCAUCCAUGAACAAUUUCAGUUCAAAAUGGAUGGUGAAAGAAAUAUAAUUGUACAUAGAUUUCUAUUAUACAAGCAGAGAAGAAUGGAAAUUUAUUUAAAGACCUUUUAGGAUUUCUUGCCUUAAUGUUGUAAUUAAGGAGAUUAUAAAAUAGAUUUUAUAGCAAUGACAGAGUAGUAGAAAAAUAGUAAUUUCCAAAAAUACAAGACUGAAAAAGGAUGUAAUAAAUUUCAAUGUUAAAAAGAAAUAUGGUGAGAAUUUUGUCAGUGUAUAAAGGUUCCAACCUAAAUAUGACCAUUAAAAUAUUCCAGGGGAAAAAGUUAAAGCACUUCAAGUCUGCUAUGCAGGGCUUUACAUGAUCAAAAUCCUGAAGUUAAUUCAUGCAGAAUAUCAUGAUCAUCCAAAUAUCAGCCCAGGAUUAUUUUUAUCCUUAUGACAACGAUAACUAACUUGACCUUGGACAACAUUUAUAGGGAUGAGGUAAUCCAGCUAUAACUUUUGCACAUGC